AUGUUCGGUAUCCGUACAGCAUUAUCUAAAACAAUUGCUAAUGGUCCAAAUUUAUUACACCAACAAACAAGGAAUACAUUUAUUUUGAAGAGAAGAUGGCCCCCUCCACUGCAUAAGCAAGGAGGGAAACCCGGUAAAAUGAAAGCAAGACAUUUUGUUUAUGAUUUAAUUGAGGACACUAGUGUAUCUAAAAAACAGGAUGUACAAGUCAUCUUAAACCAAUUCGUUGAAGGUGUUGGUAAUGCUGGUGAUCUACUCACUCUUCGUCCCACUAUUGCCUACAGAGACUUUCUUAUGCCCGGCCUAGCUGUAUAUGCCAGCCCAGAAAAUAUUUCUAAGUUCAAAGUUGAAGAAAAUAAACCCAAAGUAGAAUCAGAAUUCAGUUCACCUUAUGCUCAGAGGACUAUGGGAUGUUUGUCGAGAUUAGUUUUGCAAAUCACGAUGAGUAAAACAAAUCCUUGGACACUAGAGCCCUGGCAUGUUAAGACGUCAUUCAGAAAAGCGGGAUUUGUUGUUCCGGAGCAUGCAAUAACAAUGCCACCAGUAAAAAUAUCCGGACCCAAUCUAGAAUUGCAGGAAAAAGAAUUUUAUGUUACUGUUAAAAUAAAUAAUAAGGAACAAGUGAAUGUAAGGUGCAGAAUCCAUCAUUGGGCUACAGGAUUAGAAAGACUAGCAUGGCAAAAAGAACAUUGGAAGAAACCCAUGGAAGCUCUUAUCCCAGAACAAGCGGCUGUCUUGGAAAGUAUGCCCUUACAGCAAUAG